AUGGCUUACGUUAAAAGUGUUGUAAAGGCAAUAUUAAUAAAAAAUACAUGGAAAACUUAUCACGAAUUGAAAAAAAUAGCAUUAGAUCCUUCCGAAAAGGAUCACAACUUAAAAAAACUCAGUGUUGCAGGCAAACUUCAAAAACGAAUCAAAUUUGAUUUUAUAAAACGAUAUUAUAGAAAAAUUAAAACUGCAAAUAGUUUGGAAAACAUUAUUGCAAAAAGUUUUCUUGGUUUUCUCUGUGGAAUUCUGUUAACUUAUUUAUUUUUUUUUAUACUUUAUCUCGGUGUUAACUUUUCACUUAAAACGGUUACUUACAGUUGUGCUUUAUUAAGUAUAUUUCUAUGCUUGGGUCUUGCAUAUUCAUCAAAAAUUAGAUGUUACGUUCUUCUCGUUCUUCCAGUAUUUUUUACGAAACAGGGUCGUCAGGCAUUACUUGCUUAUGCACUUUUUCUUGCAUUUACCGGACCUGCUCAAAACACGAUGCAUAAUAUAAAAAUUUUAUCGAAUUCCAUGACUUGUGCACAAGAUAUUAUUAAAAAUACAUUAACUCAAAUUUAUGAAAUGGUUAAGGCACCAUUUAAAUCUAUUAAAGAAACUUUAGAAAAUUUGAAAAAGGCUUUAGUUGAUGUGGUUGAUACAGUAAAAUCAUUUGUUGAAAAUAUUAAAAGAAUUAUAUUAGGUAUAUACAAUGUUAUAAAGAAAGCAACAUUAUGGUUGGGCAGUAUAAUUAAUUUUUGUAAUAAAAAAAUUGGAACGCCUUUUCAAAGAUGUAUGAAAACGUUUGAUGAUGCCAUUGUAGAUUGCAAGGCUAAACUUGGAGUUAUGGAUUUUAUGUGUCACGUUGUUCAUGUUGUCAAAGGUUUAUGUUAUACUGUUAAAUGGUUGGAUUUUGUUUGCAUGUUUACUGAAUUUGUUUCCGACAAAAUUAUUACCGUCGUGAAAACAAAAUUGAAAGAAUUCAGUCUUCAUAUGAAAAAUUUGUUUUAUGUUGCCAUUGAAUUCAAACAUUCUUACGAAUUUGAAACGACCGCUUCGAAUUCUACAAAAGAAGUUGCAAAAACUAUUUUGCAAAAAAUAAGUGCAAAAAUAGAAAAAGUACAAAACAUAUUUAGCUUUUUUGGAUUCGUUUUCAGUUUUAUGUUUUUAUUAGUUUUUAUAAAAGUUUAUUACUAUCGAUAUAAGUACCUAACUUCGGACAGAUACGAUAAUCUAUACAUAAGCAAAUACAUAUUAGACUUAGAUUUACAAAGAGCUAAAAUGGGUAAAGAGACGGUUUUACCUUUGGAAAUAAGAGAAAAGAAAAAAUAUGGAAAGCCAUCUUCUUUACGACUCUUUCGUGAUGAAAAAAGUAGAAUAGCUCAAUCAUUGUUUCUUCUCAGCCUGACAUCAUUUAAAAUAAUAAGUUUUCUAGUCUGUGAUUAUUGUUUAUUUUGGAUAUUAUUGAAAAUAUACGAAGCUCAAGAAGACAUUUUUGAUGAAAGUGAUCAACCCAGCAUUUUACUUCACGUUCAAGGUGAAGGAGUUUUAGCCGAUUUUUACCGCAAACUAGGACAAACAUUUCAGGUUCCGAAGAAUCCCAGUCUUCAUUUAGAUCCUAUGCAUUGUCUUCCUGACCCUGUCACUCCCGACACAGAUAGAUAUAUUCAAAUAGUAUUUUUAGUUUCUCUUUGUUGGCUUCUCACACUCACCGAGCCUUAUGGACUAAGAAUAAGAAAUAUUGUAAUGUCUUAUUAUUAUCCUGAUCGAGCCAAAGAACGUGCAGUUUGGUUAUACAAUCACAUACUUAGAUCCAGAGGAAGUUUUUUGCGAUUCGCCAGAAGGCAACUUCGAAAAAACUAUAAAAAUGAAGAACCAGUGGAAAAAGUUACACUCAAGCAAAGAUUAUUUGCUUCCUUUCCUCUUUUGGCUAUGAUUUUUGGAAAUAAAAAAGAGAGCGCUUGUAUUUUAUGCGGAGCAGUCGAGUCUAAAAAAACAAUAUUAAAAAAGUGCAAAACUCCCGAUUGUCCUGGAAAAUAUUGUUUAAAUUGCUAUUCGAAAUUGGAAAACAUUUGCACAAUUUGUCAGCAUCCGAUAGAUUAUGGCGACAUAACGGAUAUCAGUGAAGAAAUGUAA